ACAGGAGGGAGGCCGCCGAGCAGCCAGCCCGCCCGUCCCCGGCCCGUCCCGGCCGCCCUGCCCCAUGCCCCAGCGGCGUUGAGCCUCCCGCAGCCCGAACAUGGCCACCACGGCAACGUGCACCCGCUUCACCGACGAGUACCAGCUCUACGAGGAGCUUGGCAAGGGAGCCUUCUCCGUGGUCCGCAGAUGCGUAAAGAAAAACUCGUCACAGGAAUAUGCUGCAAAAAUAAUCAACACCAAAAAACUGUCAGCCAGAGAUCACCAGAAACUGGAACGUGAAGCUCGAAUCUGCCGACUUCUAAAGCAUCCAAAUAUUGUGCGGCUCCACGACAGUAUCUCAGAAGAAGGCUUCCAUUACCUGGUCUUUGAUCUGGUUACUGGUGGGGAGCUCUUUGAGGAUAUUGUUGCCAGAGAAUACUACAGUGAAGCAGAUGCCAGCCACUGUAUUCAUCAGAUACUGGAGAGUGUGAAUCACAUUCACCAGCAUGAUAUCGUGCACAGGGACUUGAAGCCUGAGAAUUUACUUCUGGCAAGUAAAUGUAAGGGUGCUGCUGUCAAACUGGCUGACUUCGGACUGGCCAUAGAAGUCCAGGGAGAGCAGCAGGCCUGGUUUGGGUUUGCUGGCACUCCAGGCUACCUCUCCCCUGAAGUCUUAAGAAAAGAUCCUUAUGGAAAACCAGUGGAUAUAUGGGCAUGUGGAGUGAUUCUGUACAUAUUACUAGUGGGGUACCCUCCCUUUUGGGAUGAAGAUCAGCACAAACUCUAUCAGCAGAUCAAAGCCGGAGCCUAUGACUUCCCGUCACCUGAGUGGGACACUGUUACUCCUGAAGCCAAGAAUUUGAUCAACCAAAUGCUGACGAUAAACCCAGCGAAACGCAUCACAGCUGACCAGGCUCUCAAGCACCCAUGGGUCUGCCAACGAUCCACUGUUGCCUCAAUGAUGCACAGGCAGGAGACUGUGGAGUGCUUGAGGAAGUUCAAUGCCAGAAGGAAGCUAAAGGGUGCAAUCCUCACAACGAUGCUUGUGUCUCGAAAUUUUUCAGCUGCCAAAAGCCUGCUGAACAAGAAGUCAGAUGGAGUGAAGAAAAGGAAGUCGAGCUCCAGUGUGCAUUUGAUGCCACAGAGCAACAACAAAACCAGUAUAGUAAGCACUGCAAAAGAAACACCCCCAGUGCAGACGUCCAUGGAGCCUCAAACAACUGUUGUCCAUAAUGCUACAGAUGGCAUAAAGGGUUCCACAGAGAGCUGUAACACCACGACUGAAGAUGAGGACCUGAAAGCUCCCCCUCUCUCCACCGGGGACAGCAGCUCAGUGCUUGAAGGACGGAGGCACAGUGAGAGCAAAACACAGACUGAGUCCAUGCAGUCCCAGCUUUCUCUCUGUUUCUCAGCCACUACACAGUCUUGUGAAGAGAAGCUUCUUGCCUGGGGCAGCCCAGGGCAGACACUGGAGUUAGAGCGAGCUCGGUCGGAGCCUGUGCUAACUCCAGUAGUUCCCUUUGUACUUAACCCUGCACCGUUGCGUAAGCAGGAGAUCAUUAAGAUCACAGAGCAGCUGAUAGAAGCCAUCAACAAUGGAGAUUUUGAGGCUUAUACAAAAAUCUGUGAUCCUGGCUUGACCUCAUUUGAACCUGAAGCACUGGGGAACCUGGUGGAAGGAAUGGAUUUCCAUAAGUUUUACUUCGAGAACUUACUGUCGAAGAACAGCAAGCCCAUCCACACCACCAUCCUGAACCCCCACGUCCACGUCAUCGGGGAGGACGCUGCCUGCAUCGCCUACAUCCGCCUGACCCAGUACAUCGACGGGCAGGGCCGGCCCCGAACCACCCAGUCUGAGGAGACCCGGGUCUGGCACCGCCGGGACGGCAAGUGGCUGAAUGUUCACUACCACUGCUCCGGAGCUCCUGCAGCACCUCUCCAGUGAGGAUCGGGUUACAGAAACUUGUGGAGAUAACUCAGCUGGAGGGCAAAAUCUUCUUAGCGAGCAGCUCUGGAGUGCCUGAGUGACAGCAACGGUCAUGUCUGUUUUGACAUUAAAAAAAAUAAAAAUAAAAAUACAAGUUACAAACAGGCAGCAGCCAAAUGCACGAAACCCUGCAUGCAUCUGAUGCUCCGGGCGCUGCCUUUCUGUUGUUUUCCAUGGAUCCAUCGUGUCUGUUUCUGCUGUAAGAAGGUGUUUUUAAAUCUAAAAAAAGAAAAAAAAAAAAAAGAAAAAAAAAAACCAAGAAAAGAAAAUCAAAAGCGAAAAAAAAUUAAAAAAAACCAGAGACAUGUCGUUUGUAUAAAAUAAUAAAAAAAACAGGAAUAAUGCUAAAUAAAUGACACAUUAUCCAACGUGCCCCCUCCCCCAGGGCUAUAAGAAAAUGGCAGCAGCUGGAAACAUCUUUCAGAAACGAAGUGAGGGGGAAAGCAAAAGUGAAGGAGAAAGAGAGAGGGAGAGCAAAAACGGAGGCGGCUGGAGCAGCGGAUGGCUGAAGCUGUGCUCCCAGAGCCAGGCUGGGAGGGAACAUCACAUCCAGGCUGUGCUGGGACUUCCAUCCAGGAGAGGUGGCCAGGAGACCCCAGAGGAGCCAGGGUGAAGACUGGGGUUGAAGAGAGAGGAGGCACUUCUCUUCCUGUUGCCCAGCAGACUGACUUCAGCCUGAGUUUCUUCUUCGAUUUCUGCACAGUAAGAAUGCUAUGGAAAUGAGCUGGUUGCUCAGCUGCUGGAUCCCAAAACAGACUUCUUGGUUUGUUUUUUUUUUUUUACAAAAUAUUAAAAAAAAAAAAAAAAAAAAAAAAGAAAAAAAACCACAACAACCAAAUGGGAUGUGGAUUUAAAACUAAAGGUGGAAGUAGGGGUUUAAAAAAAUGGGUUUAAGUGAAUAUAACUUUAAAUAGAAGCUUGCUCUUCAGAUGUACUGGUUUUUGAAACAGCCACUACCUGGCCAAACACAGAGGUUUGAAGCCAACUUAUUUAAUUCAACGAAACAAAGAAAACCAUUGCAUUAAAAGCAGAGAGAUCAGAGGAAGAGAGGGUACAUGUAUGGGACUUUAUAUUUUUUUUUUCUUUUCUUUUCUUUCUAGUAGCAUAGUUGGGAUCCGCAGUGCUGCAGAACACAUGUUCCUUAGGAAGCAGAGAAAAAACCCUUAGUGUUAUGCUGUUGAUGAAGACUUGCACAUACACUCCUAUAUGAGGCAUAAAUAGCGUGUGUUUUUUAUACUGAAAUAUAUGCACCCUUAGAACUAAAGGGGCUCCCUGGCCUCCUCUUUGAGUCAUUUGGUCUCUGAGUAAAAGAGCAGUGGGAACCAGCAGCCCCAGCCAGGUGCUUCUCCCCACCACUUACCCAUCUGAUGUUUGUAAGUGUCAUGUUUCCUAGUGUUUCUUUGGGUAAUUUUUCUAUUUUUUACAGUGAUGUUGUAACACAGAAAACUAUCAGUUCAGAACCUCAAAGACUGUCUGAAGGACUCCAGGCCACCUCCCCGGGUUGCUUCUGGGUGUCAGAGGAUACCUCAGGAAGCAGAGGGGAAAGGGAAUUAGCACAUGGGAUCUGAUGUUUGUCCUUUGGGCCACUUCAUCUUCCUUUCUUUUCUUUGCUGCAGAAGGGGUCCAUGUCCUUGAGUCACUGAGUGGGGAACAUGGAAAUGUUUUGUUGACCUUACCAAUGAGGGAUCCUGGUCCCAAGGAGAAAAUGGCCUUUUUGGCCACUUUCUGGCCACACUUCCCUUGUUGUGAUCAAGGGAAGGCAUCAUUUGUUUGGAUGGGCUUUAACCUGAAUUUCUGCCUGCCCCUAAAUCACUGUUUUUUGGAUCUUUUGAGGGAGUUAAAGCGCUUGCAUUGGCAGCCACUAAGUGUGAGGCCACCUUUUUUUUUACAGACUUAGCAGAAGAGACAGAAGCCAAUUUGGAAUUCUAAUCCUUACUGAACAGAAUGCAGGAAAGAAAAGCUGUUGCACAAAGUGGAGCUCUCUUUUGGAACACACAGCACUCUGCUCCCUUUGCUAGAGAGGUGCUACCCCACACCAGGGUGACAUCAGCCAGCCCCUGAUGAAGGAAAAGACCAUCAUCCAUGCUUCCCAGGUCUGUCUGAGCUUUCCUGAGCUGAAAAGACCUUUUUCUUCCUCCCUCCACCAUGCCAGGGAGGAGGAGUGUGGAGCUUGAACCCACUGAGGGCAAACACUAGAUUUUAUUCUUUGAAAACAUUUUUUUUAUGACAGCACUAAGCCAGUGAGUGAAGUGGAAAAGUGAAAAAGCCUUGAUAUUUUAUUAUUUUAUUCAGUUUUGUUUUCUUUGUUGUUUUUUUUUUAAGCCACAAAGAGAGAGCAAACAGGAGAUUAUGCCAUUU